AGCUGAUCGCAUCAUCAUCAGACGCUCACACGAAGUUAAUCUAGGAUAGUGUCCGUAUUUUGUCAGGUGUGUGUGUGUUUAUCUCACAAUGGAUCUUUCUUAUCAAGCUAUAAAGACUGCUAACCAGGCCAGAGAGGCGGAUGAAUUAAGAACAGAAACAAGGAGGAGAAAUUUGCUGGUUUUGAUUUAUCAUCAUUUACUGGAAGAUGGGUAUAUGGAUGCAGCCAAAGCCUUAGAAAAAGAAAGCAGUGUUGGUUUAUGUCGUUUUGAGGUGUGCGAUAAUGUAGACCUGGACACAGUUCUCAUGGAAUAUGAGAGUUAUUAUUUUAUUAAGUUUCAGAAAUAUCCAAAACUGACAAAGAAACUCCCAGAACAAGGAGCGAGUCGACCUAUGAAAAGCUGUGUCAAAAAAAGUCAGACACUUCCAAGAAUCAACUCCACCCGGCAACCUUCAUUCAAAAAUAUAGGGAAAACUUCUGAAUCUAAACUACCAGGGAAAGACUUCAGUAAGCACAGUAGUGAAAGUGAGUCCCCCGCAGAGACAUCAGAGUUUGGUCUAAAUGUUUCUUCUAUCAACAGAAAUGGAAUGGGCGAGGGGACACACAUGAAAAGGGGUCAUUUGGUUGAUUACAGAAAUUUAAUUCAAGAUGCUGUUAAAGGGGCUGCUAAUGACAACAUCUUGCCCUGUGUCUCAGAUUUCUCGGAGCGUUUGCUGAAACCAGUCAGUGCCUUUUUAGGCAUGAAUAACGAAAUGAGAGAUCUUGCAGCUGUUAUUAGUAAAGAUAUCUAUUUACACAACCCCAACGUGCGCUGGGACGACAUUAUAGGCCUGGAGGCUGCCAAGCGAUUAGUCAAAGAAGCUGUCGUCUAUCCCAUUAAGUACCCUCAACUUUUCACUGGAAUUCUGUCACCAUGGAAGGGUUUGCUUCUAUACGGACCACCAGGCACAGGAAAGACCAUGCUGGCCAAAGCUGUAGCCACAGAGUGUAACACAACAUUUUUUAACAUCUCAGCAUCCAGCAUCGUAAGCAAGUGGAGAGGAGAUUCUGAGAAGCUGGUUCGGGUUUUGUUUGAGCUGGCAAGAUUUCAUGCACCGUCCACCAUCUUCCUGGAUGAGCUGGAGUCAGUGAUGAGCCAGCGAGGGGUUGGCCAAGGGGGCGAGCAUGAGGGUAGCAGGAGAAUGAAGACAGAGUUACUGGUUCAGAUGGAUGGAUUAGCACGGUCAAAUGAUCUUGUGUUUGUGCUAGCUGCCUCAAAUUUACCCUGGGAGUUGGACCACGCCAUGCUGAGGAGACUGGAAAAACGAAUCCUUGUGGGUCUCCCAUCUGCACCAGCCAGACAAGCCAUGAUAAGUCACUGGCUUCCUCCGGUUAGCAACACAUGUGCGGUGGAACUGCGGACAGAACUGGACUACAACAUGCUGGCACAGGAGACUGAAGGUUACUCUGGGUCAGAUAUCAGGUUAGUUUGUAAGGAGGCCGCUAUGAGACCUGUGCGGAAAAUCUUUGACGCCCUUGAAAAUCACAUUGAAGGUCAGUCCAGCAUGCCGGUUAUUGAACUAGAAACUGUGACCACAGCAGAUUUCUUGGACGUAAUUUCCCAUACAAAACCCUCGGCCAGGUGCCUGACGGAUAGAUACUCAGCUUGGGAGAGAGAAUAUGAGUCUGUUUGAAACUCAUUCAUCCCAGUAACACAUGGACUAUUAUAGCAACCACACAAAUGCACACAUGCCAAGUUUAUUCUUUUUUUUACUUGUACUUUAUUACAUUUGUUUAUAGUUUUACUGUAAAUAUGACAUUUUAGAUGUGUUUCGAAGCAGGUAAU